GGGCCGGGGGCGGGCUGAGCCGGGAGCCUGCGAGCCCCCAGCCCUGGACUCCCUCGGCUGCGGUGGCGCCGGAGGAAGCUGCACGAGCGAAUGCAGCCGGGACCGAGCCACUGAGCCACCCCAGCUCUGAUGCGCGGUCCCCGCGGGGCUCGGCCGGCCUGGGCUGCAGUGAGCGCUCAGGAGGAGCAGCGGUUGUUGCGGAGCGACCCGGAGAACUUUCUGCCUCCCCCCGCCAGAGCCCGGGGCAGGGCUGGAGCUGCGGCGGGGGCCGCCAGCAUGAGGCUGCUCUGGGGCUCCUUCCUGCCGCUGUUGCUGGGAGCCCUGCUCUGCGCCCGAGGUGUAACAAGCAGCACUGACUGUUCCUGCGGACGCAAUCACUUUACUUGUGCAGUCAGUGCUUUUGGCGAGUGUACAUGCAUCCCUGCUCAGUGGCAAUGUGAUGGUGACAAUGACUGCGGGGACCACAGCGAUGAAGAUGGCUGCAUGCUGCCUACUUGCUCCCCCUUGGAUUUCCACUGUGACAAUGGGAAGUGCAUCCGCCGCUCCUGGGUCUGUGAUGGAGACAACGACUGCGAAGAUGAUUCUGAUGAACAGGACUGCCCGCCACGGGAGUGCGAGGAGGAUGAGUUCUCGUGUCAGAAUGGAUAUUGCAUCCGCAGCCUGUGGCACUGCGAUGGUGACAACGACUGUGGUGACAACAGCGAUGAACAGUGUGACAUGAGGAAAUGUUCAGAGAAGGAAUUCCGCUGCAGUGACGGCAGCUGCAUAGCUGAACACUGGUUCUGUGAUGGCGAUACAGACUGCAAGGAUGGCUCGGAUGAGGAGAGCUGUCCAUCAGAUGUUCCAGCCACAACCUGUAGCUUGGAGGAGUUCCAGUGUGCCUAUGGACGCUGCAUCCUGGACAUCUACCACUGUGAUGGGGACGAUGACUGCGGGGACUGGUCUGAUGAGUCUGACUGCUCUUCUCACCAGCCCUGCCGCUCCGGAGAAUUCAUGUGCAACAAUGGCUUGUGUAUCAACCCAGGCUGGCGAUGCGAUGGCGACUUCGAUUGCGACGACCAGUCAGAUGAGAAGAACUGCACCACAUCCAUGUGCACAGCUGACCAGUUCCGCUGUAAAUCUGGGCGCUGUGUCCGUUUGUCAUGGCGUUGUGACGGAGAGGAUGACUGUUCUGACAACAGUGAUGAGGAGAGCUGCGAGAACACAGGGAGUCCCCAGUGUGCCCCUGACCAGUUCCUUUGUGGGAACGGGCGCUGUAUUGGCCAGAGGAAGCUGUGCAAUGGCGCUAACGACUGUGGAGAUGGCAGCGACGAGAGCCCUCACCAAAACUGCCGUCCACGGACAGGUGAGGAGAACUGCAACCUCAGCAAUGGGGGCUGUGCCCAGAAGUGCCAGAUGGCACGAGGGACGGUGCAGUGCACCUGCCACACAGGUUACAGGCUGGUGGAAGAUGGCCGAUCAUGUCAAGAUGUGAAUGAAUGUGCUGAGGAGGGUUACUGCAGCCAGGGCUGCACCAACAGUGAGGGUGGCUUCCAGUGCUGGUGUGAGCAAGGCUAUGAGCUUCGUCCGGACAAGCGCAGCUGCAAAGCUCUGGGGCCAGAGCCUGUGCUGCUCUUUGCCAAUCGGAUUGACAUCCGGCAGGUGCUGCCUCACCGCCCGGAGUACACCUUGCUCCUGAAUAAUCUGGAGAAUGCUAUUGCACUCGACUUCCACCACAGCAAAGAGCUGGUGUUCUGGUCAGACGUCACACUGGACCGCAUCAUGAGGGCCAACCUCAAUGGCAGCAAUGUGGAGGAGGUGGUUUCCACGGGGCUGGAGAGCCCAGGUGGACUUGCCAUUGACUGGAUCCAUGACAAGCUGUAUUGGACAGACUCUGGGACAUCUCGGAUUGAAGUGGCCAAUCUGGAUGGCACCCAUAGAAAGGUGCUUCUGUGGGAGAACCUGGAGAAGCCACGAGCAAUUGCGCUGCACCCCAUGAAGGGCACCAUCUACUGGACAGAUUGGGGCAACACACCUCGCAUUGAAUACUCCAGCAUGGAUGGUUCCAAUCGACGCAUCAUUGCCGAUACGCACCUCUUCUGGCCCAACGGGCUGACCAUCGACUAUGCCGGGCACCGGAUGUACUGGGUGGAUGCCAAGCACCAUGUCAUCGAGAGGGCCGACUUGGAUGGGCGGAACAGGAAGGCUGUUAUCAGCCAAGGCCUCCCACACCCCUUUGCAAUCACAGUGUUUGAGGACAGCCUGUACUGGACAGACUGGCACACCAAGAGCAUCAACAGUGCCAAUAAAUUUACCGGCAAGAACCAGGAGAUCAUCCGCAACAAGCUCCACUUCCCCAUGGACAUCCACACACUGCACCCUCAGCGCCAGCCAGCAGCAGGGAAAAACCGCUGUGGGGCCAACAAUGGGGGCUGCACUCACCUGUGCCUGCCAAAUAGCAAGGAUUACACCUGUGCCUGCCCCACAGGCUUCCGCAAGACCAGCAGCCGCACCUGUGCUCAGAGUCUUGACAAGUUCCUGCUUUUUGCCCGAAGGAUGGACAUCCGUCGGAUCAGCUUCGACACAGAAGACCUGUCAGAUGAUGUCAUCCCCCUGGCUGAUGUGCGCAGUGCUGUGGCUCUGGACUGGGACUCAAAAGAUGACUAUGUCUACUGGACAGAUGUCAGCACUGACUCCAUUAGCAGAGCAAAAUGGGAUGGAUCAGGCCAGGAGAUUGUGGUGGACACCAGCUUGGAAAGCCCUGCUGGAUUGGCUAUCGAUUGGGUCACCAACAAGUUGUACUGGACCGAUGCAGGAACAGACCGGAUAGAAGUCUCCAACACAGAUGGGACUAUGAGGACUGUACUGAUCUGGGAGAACCUAGACAGACCAAGAGAUAUUGUGGUGGACCCUGUUGGAGGGUUCAUGUACUGGACUGACUGGGGGGCAAGCCCGAAGAUUGAGCGCGCUGGUAUGGAUGCCUCCAGCCGCCUGGUGAUCAUCUCCUCCAACCUGACUUGGCCCAAUGGGUUGGCCAUUGACUAUGAGUCUCAGCGCCUGUAUUGGGCAGAUGCUGGCAUGAAGACCAUUGAGUAUGCCCACUUGGAUGGCAGUGAGAGAAAGGUGCUGAUUGAAAGCAAUCUGCCCCACCCAUUUGGACUUACUCUUUAUGGUGAGCGGAUCUACUGGACAGACUGGCAGGCCAAGAGCAUCCAGAGUGCAGAGAAAAGGACAGGGCAAGCUCGCGAAACACUGCAGCAUAACUUGGAGAACCUCAUGGACAUUCAUGUUUUCCACCGGCACAGACCUACAGUACGCACAGCAUGUGGAGUUAAUAAUGGUGGCUGUAGCCAUCUGUGCCUCCUGGCUCCUCUCCCUAAAGGUUAUAGCUGCACCUGUCCUACUGGUAUCAACCUCCAACCUGAUGGCAAGACCUGCUCCCCUGGGAUGACCAGCUUCCUGAUCUUUGCCAGAAGAACAGACAUCCGCAUGGUCUCCUUGGAUAUCCCGUAUUUUGCCGAUGUGGUUGUCCCAAUCAAUGUCACUAUGAAAAACACCAUUGCCAUUGGAGUGGAUCCCCAAGAAGGAAAAGUGUACUGGUCUGAUAGCACGUUGCGGAAAAUCAGCAGGGCUGCCCUGGAUGGAUCACAGUAUGAGGACAUCAUCACCACAGGACUGCUGACCACAGAUGGGCUGGCAGUGGAUGCUAUUGGCCGUAAGGUGUAUUGGACAGACACGGGAACCAAUCGGAUUGAAGUGGGUAACCUGGAUGGAUCAAUGAGGAAGGUUCUGGUCUGGCAGAACUUGGACAGCCCAAGAGCAAUUGCACUGUAUCAUGAGAUGGGAUACAUGUUCUGGACAGACUGGGGGGAGAACGCCAAGCUGGAGCGCUCUGGCAUGGAUGGCUCAGGACGCCUGGUGCUGAUCAGCAACAACCUGGGCUGGCCCAAUGGGCUGGCAGUGGAUAAGGCUGGAUCACAGCUGCUGUGGGCUGAUGCGCACACUGAGCGCAUCGAGGCUGCAGACCUGAAUGGUGCAAACCGCCACACCCUGCUGUCCCCAGUGCAGCAUCCCUAUGGCCUAACUUUGCUGGACUCGUACAUCUACUGGACUGACUGGCAAACCCGUAGCAUUCACAGGGCUGGAAAGGAUACUGGCGCCAACGUAAUCCUCGUGAGGGCAAACCUGCCUGGCCUGAUGGACAUUCAGGCUGUUGACAGGACACAGCCCCUUGGCUUUAACAAGUGCAGCAUAAGGAAUGGUGGCUGCUCCCAUCUCUGCCUACCCAACCCUGGUGGCUUCUCCUGUGCCUGCCCCACUGGUAUCCAGCUGAAGAGUGAUGAGCAGACCUGUGACCCCUCUCCGGAAACAUACCUGCUCUUCUCCAGCCGUGGCUCCAUCCGGCGCAUCUCACUGGACACAAGCGAUCACACCGAUGUGCAUGUCCCUGUCCCAGAGCUGAACAAUGUCAUCUCUCUGGACUAUGACAGCGUGGAUGGCAAGGUUUACUACACAGAUGUCUUCCUUGAUGUCAUCAGGCGGGCAGACCUGAAUGGCAGCAGCAUGGAGACAGUCAUUGGUCACGGGUUGAAGACGACGGAUGGCUUAGCAGUGGACUGGGUUGCCAGAAACCUGUACUGGACGGACACAGGACGCAACACCAUUGAAGUGGCCAGACUGGAUGGCAGCUGCAGAAAAGUGCUUAUUAACAACAGCCUGGACGAGCCCCGAGCAAUUGCUGCCUUUCCCAAGAAGGGGUACCUCUUCUGGACGGACUGGGGUCAUGUUGCUAAAAUUGAGCGGGCAAACUUGGAUGGCUCCGAGCGCAAAAUCCUAAUCAACACUGACCUGGGCUGGCCCAAUGGACUGACAUUAGACUAUGAUACUAGAAGGAUUUACUGGGUGGAUGCACAUCUUGACCGUAUAGAGAGUGCUGAUCUCAAUGGGAAACUACGCCAGGUGCUGGUCAGCCAGGUGUCACACCCCUUUGCUCUGACACAGCAGGACAGAUGGAUCUACUGGACUGACUGGCAAACCAAAUCUAUCCAGCGAGUGGACAAAUACUCAGGCCGGAACAAGGAAACUGUGCUGGCCAAUGUUGAGGGGCUAAUGGAUAUAAUUGUAGUCUCCCCGCAGAGGCAGACAGGUACAAAUGCCUGUGGAGUGAAUAAUGGAGGCUGCACCCAUCUCUGCUUUGCCAGGGUUUCUGACUUUGUUUGUGCAUGUCCAGAUGAACCAGAUGGACGACCCUGCUCCACUGUUCCUGGCAUGGUGCCCCCUGUUCCUGAAGCAACCAGUGUGAGUCAGAGGAGCCAGACAUCACCUGGCAGAUCAGGCUCCUCAACGACCAAACCCCACACAUCCCUAGAAGCAAUGGAAGGAAACUGCUCUGAUAAAGAUGCUGGCCAAGGCCUGUGCAUCCGGAAGAAUGAGGCAGUAGUAGCCACCACAGGUGAAGGGAUACAUGUCAGCUACAUUAUUGGAGGCCUCCUCAGUGUCUUGGUCAUUCUGCUGUUUAUUGCUGCUUUAAUUAUAUACAGACACAAGAAGUCUAAGUUCACAGACCCUGGCUUGGGGAACCUGACUUACAGUAAUCCAUCAUACAGGACAUCUACCCAGGAAGUGAAGAUCGAAACUAUUCCUAAGCUGACCUUGUACAAUCAGCUGUGCUAUAAGAAGGAGGCUGGGCACGAUCAUAGCUACACCAAGGAAAAGAUCAAGAUUGUGGAAGGGAUCUGCCUCUUAUCUGGUGAUGAGUCUGAGUGGGAUGACCUCAAGCAGAUACGGAGCUCCCGGGGAGGGAUACUCCGGGACCAUGUUUGCAUGAAGACAGACACUGUCUCUAUCCAGGCCAGUUCUGGCUCACUGGAUGACACCGAAACUGAGCAGCUGCUGCAGGAGGAGCAGUCUGAGUGCAGUAGUAUCAACACGGCAGCAGCCACCCCAGAACGGCGUGGCUCACUCCCAGACACAGGCUGGAAACAUCAAUGCAAGCCCUCUAUAGAGAGUGAGGUCUAAAGCAUGCACUAUCUUGGAGUUGCCCAGCUCUUCCCCAGCCCCUGCUUCAUAUGAAUGAGACAGGACUUGUUCUACCAUGCAGGGAGAAGCCCAGAGAUUGACUGCCUUUUGGCAAGGAGCUGGGGCCAGACUGUGCCCUCAUGGCAGGGGGAAUGGACCCCAGAAUCCUUUUGGCUCAUGCUCACUGUUUUGUGGUUUAUUUAUAUGUCCCCUUUUCCUGGAAACUGCCAUGGUAACUUCUGCAGUGACUCCUCUGGUUCAGAUUCUGUCCCCUCUGGCAAUCUGCAAGUCCUGCACUGUCCAGUUCACAAUUCAUGCCUCUGGGAGAACAGAGCUCCUCCAUUGCCAGCUACUGAUCAGGCUCAGCACCUCUUACCCCUUAUUCAUUCAGAGGCCAUCUCUGCUGUCUCUACUUUGGGGAACCGAAGGUGGGAUUCAGAGCAGAAAGCAGAGCAGUGUAGCAGCAGAUCACUUCUAAAGGGAUAAGGAGAACAAGUGCAGCUGCUGUUCCUUGUGAUUGAUGUCAUUACAAUCUCACUGCCACUUUCCUCACCUUCUGGCACAACUCUACAGGAGUGAUGAAGCCUAGUGCUGGAGUAUUAGUAUGUCUGUUGCUGGCAAUGGACACUGCUCCUAUUCAUCUUGUUGCUAUCACUCACUUUGAACAGUAACUGAAUGCAGAUAGGACUCUCCUCACUGCUUUCAGUGUACAUUGGAGUUAAAGCUGCCAUUUCUGGGAGCAGAAUGUAUUUUUACUACUCUUAGCUCCACAGGCCUACUGAGAGGAAACGCAGCUCGGAGGGAGAGAGUCUGGAGUCUAUUCCUCCUUUUACAGCAUCAGCAAAACUGGUUUAUAGGUUUCACUUGGAAGGCCAGCCAGCUUCACUUGUGCAAACUUAUGGAAGGCCAUGGGGCUGACUAGGUGUUACUGAGGGUCUGUGGCCAGUAGAACCUUUUAUUACUAGUGAUGUUUGAAAUGGGAUUAUUCGGGAAAAUGGUCUUUUAGUAAACUGGGCCCAUUUGACAUGGAAUCAGAAAAAAUGACCAUGGUGCUGUAGGGACCAUUUUUGAGUAGUCACAUGUCAGCUAGAGCUGUGCCUUAAACUGCAUUUUUUUAACUGGCAAAUAAUUCUUCUUGCAGAGGUCUAUGUUCUUCCCUUGAGCUGUAUGAGGACCCAAUUAUAAUCUGCUCUGCAGGCUAUGAGGCCUUUCUCUUAUACUUGGCUCCCAUACCCAGUGCAUGGUUGCUUUCCUACUGGGGCCUGAUAACUUUGGGAGUGUUUGGGCCUGGGUGUUGAGGCAUAACAUGGGCAAUAGGCACCAAUCUGGAAUAGGGCUUAUGGAAACCCACAGGCAAACUGCAUUUGAACUAGUUUCUGAAAAUCCCCAUUUUUAGGAGGGAAGGGGAGAGCAGGGAAGGCAGAGAGUGGAGAACCCACACAUCUAAUUAAAGAGAGACAUCCCUUGCAGCAUUUGAACCUUUAACUCCCUCUGUGCUCACAGCCCUUUUUUAAUAUUCUCCUGGCUUGCCACAUGUAAGGGAAAGAAGCCUCCCUCUCCCCCCUUCCAAAAGAGGCGUUAGUCCUCAUCUUUCUUUCAUAGGAAUUUUGUUUAAGGUAAAAAAUAAAAUUCCAAGCCAAGUGUUUGGAAACAGAACUGUCCCAAGAUGGGAUCCCCUGCAACAUUCCCAGCCUUUUCUUCUGCUAUGGAGAGGCAAUGUGCAUUCCCAUCCAUCAUGAAGGGAAGACACAACUGGUGUUAGGGGUGCUGUACGGUUUGGUGACAUGGCUGGGAUACCCAUACAAUUUUUUUCCAUCUAGUGAACAGAGGAGAAUCCUUCCUAUUCCUGUUCCUGUAUAGCCUUACUCAAAUCCCAGAAGUCCUGGUGCUGCUCAGAGAAAGUGUCAGUUAUCAGCAGGCUGGCAAUAUUACUUACCUCCAGAGAUAUAGGGAUGGUUCAUCUUAAAUUUGCAAGCCAAUCUGAGACUCCACCUAUAACCUGCAACAUUAGGUUUGGCUGGUCUGUACUGAUGUGGAAAGUGAGUUAGGGCUCUGGCUUAGGAAUUUGCAUGUUAAUAUGGGACUUUUCUCUGCUCCCUGAGAUAUUUUAAAAUUCUAUUUUAAUUUAUUUGAUUGGCUGCAGGCUGAGAGUUUUUGGUCCAGCUGUCAUCAUUGCUUUGUGUAGUACUAGCUGCUGAGGCACUUUGGGAAUAAGGCCUCAAGGCCUGGAUUCAGUGGGGAGAAAGCAGCAGGAACUAGAGCGUUGCCAUCUCACUAACAUAGACUUGGGCAAGCCAGGCUGCUUCACACAGUGGCAAGAGCCAGGGCUCGAGUGUAGGAGGAAGACCCCACUUCCGAGGGACCCUGUUUGUAGGGGUUAGGGAGGACACUAGAAGCAGGGUGGAGAAGAGGGACUAAAAACAUCAACCCAUUACCCGUCGUGGGCAGUCACUGGACCUAUGGAAAUAAUAGCUGCUUGAGCUGAGAAUGCAGAAUAGAAGGGAAUGUCCAAUCAGACUAACAGCUGCUGGUAUUCAAACUCUGCCUGAAAUUAUGCACAUUCCUACUCUUGGAAGAAAACCUGUACAUUCCAGCUACAAGAUCAUUCAGACAGCUGCCCUCUAGAACUUUCCCAUUCCCUUUUCCUCCAGCCCUAACAGAGGUCAUAUGUCUGCUACACGGGGAAGAUGGAGCAGUGAAAUCUCCUACAGACUUUAGUUUCACUACUGAUGUGAACAGACAUAAGAUUCCACAAUGUGAGCAAACAGUCCUUAUGAGAUGCUGCCUCGGGGGUGCAUUGUGUUUCCCAAUGCUAGGGAAGAAAAGGCCUUAUUUGUAUGAAGGCUGUACAGAAUGUAGAAAGACCAGAACUGGGGAAUGAUCUCUUGAGCACUGAUUUACUAUGUAAAAAGCAAACUUCUCUCUCCUGUCUGUCCUGAGCUAAUGGCAGUGAUUUCCCUGCAUUCCUGUGUAAUGAUUUUAACAUUACUCACUGGAGAGAUUGAACUUCCUGGUGUUAUUUAACCACUAUGUUCAGUAUUUUAGGUGUUGAUAAUUUAAUAUAAAUUUAGCUUUUCUUAAUCACUCUGCUUGUUUUUGGGUAGUGAAUCAUGCAUGUUAUACUGGCUCCCUCUGGAAGAUGCAGUGCUCUUUGCCCUAUUUGCAUAGAACGUUAUCUCUUCUGAGUAUUGUGAUUGAACGGAAUGAUAGGUUGAAAAUAGAAGUGUUCUAUGGAUAAUCCAGCUGGCUGACACACACACAUUCUUCAGCAGCAAAGGUUGAGAAAGUCCCACUACCAAGAAAGAAACAGCUGUGGUUCAAUUGCAGUUAGCUCACCUGCAUUCACUCAGUUUGACAUGGCACCAAGGGCUAGAGGCAUAGUCUUUGUGACCAAAUUGUUGUGAACCAUAUUUGGAUGGUGUUGCCUUUUCUACUAGGGAUGUUAAAAUUAGAUUAAUCAGCUAAUCAAAUAGUUGGUGGAAUUUCCAUCGACUAUU